AUGAUCCCUGGGCCUCGCUUCAAUGUCCAUGCUUCGGCUUCGUUCGUCCUUAGCGCCGUCACUCAGGGGUUCUCGUCAAACCAGAUUUCACUCGGCCUUUUUUCAGCCCGUGACUUCAACACUGCCCUCUUCACCCUCUCCCUCUCCCUCUCCCUCUCAGAGCCUAAUAAAUACAACCCCACGCCCAAACGCCCUGCGGGCCCCCUUCUUCAAAAUGUCAAAAUCAACUCUCGCAAUCAUCGCAGCUGUCAGCGCAGCAACGGCGCCGGUGUAACAGCAGCAAUGUACUCCACGCGUUCAGAAAAGAAAAUCCAAGCCGUCGCAUCCUCGACCUCCGUCUCCGCCACCUCAAGCACCUCCGUCCCCGCCCCAAUCCCAAUACCAGGAGCAAUCCCGCAGCUCCCCACAGUCGCACCGCCCGUCGACCCAGCAGGGCUCUUCCAAUACGGAUUCCCAGGCCCCGUAGCCGAUCUUGCUACACGGAACUCCCUCGUCUCCUCCUUCGACCGCCGUCUACGCAACCCCAGCUGGGUCGCGGAACAUAUCACGCCCGCGUCCCUGGCGCUGUCGAAUGGCGACCGCAAACAUAGCUAUUUCGCCGAGGACCCCUCGGUGCCGGAGAAGUUCAGGGGGAAGCUGAAGGACUAUUUCCGUAGCGGGUACGAUAGGGGACAUCAGGUGCCAGCGGCCGACGCGAAAUGGAGCCAGGAGGCUAUGAACGAUACGUUCUACCUCUCGAACAUGUGUCCACAGGUCGGGGAGGGCUUCAACCGGGACUAUUGGGCGCAUUUUGAAGAUUUCUGUCGGAGGUUGACCCAGAGAUAUCCAUCUGUUCGUAUUGUUACUGGACCGUUAUACCUACCGAAACGAGGCGCGGAUGGGAAGUGGAAAGUCAGUUACGAGGUCAUUGGCAACCCGCCCAACAUCGCCGUCCCCACACAUUUCUACAAGGUUAUCUUUGCCGAGGAUGGUACUGCUACGGGACCCGUUGCGCUCGGGGCUUUCGUCCUGCCGAAUGCGGUGAUCCCGAACGAGAAGCCGAUUACGGAUUUCGAGGUCCCCGUGGAGGCGGUGGAGAGGGCGAGCGGGCUGGAUUUUGCGUCCAAGUUGCCGGUGGGGAGGAGGAAGAGGCUUUGUGCGGAUACGGUUUGUGCUUUGGUUAUCAAGGACUAUGCGGAUAGACAGAAGACUUUUGCAAAAGAGCAGAAGGCUGUUCAGGCACCUACGAGGACGAGUCCUAGGAAUGGGGGUGCGAAUUUGUGA